CGGGGAUCUACCUAAGUACAUAUAAGAGAGAGGUCCUGCCCCCGUUCCAGUAGAUAUUAAUUGACCUUGGCAAUACACUUUAUUACACUAUUAUCUAUCAUUCGACAAUAAGUUCAUGCCUCAUCGCCAGACGUGACUACAGUCGCCUGUUCCCCAAGUACACCAGCUCGUCCAAAAGUCAUGGCUGAGCAACACCCUUAUUCGGUCACUGUGACCUUGAACCAGAUUGCCAAGAUGAUCGACCAUUCGUUGCUGCACCCGACCAUGACUGACGAUCAGAUCCGCGAGGGUCUCGCUAUCGCUAAACAUUACAAUGUUGCAACCGCUUGUGUUAAACCGUACCUUAUUCCGAUGGCAAAAAAGGAGCUGGAAGGCUCCACCGUACUCGUUUGUCCGGUAAUUGGCUUCCCCCAUGGAAACAGCACCACGGAAGUGAAGGUUUUCGAAGCUGAGGCCGCAGCUUUGGCGGGCGGGGAAGAAAUUGAUAUGGUGAUUAAUAUCGGCAAAGCGCUAGGUAGUGAUUGGGAAUAUGUGUCAGAUGAGAUCAGACGGGUCAAUGAGGCCGUCACAAAGCAUGGCGCUAUUCUCAAGGUGAUUUUUGAGAACGACUUCUUGCGAGAGGAGCAUAUCAUCAAACUCUGCCAACUCUGCUCUAACAUCGGCGUCGCUUUUGUCAAAACAUCUACUGGAUACGGUUUUGUAAAGCAAGCAAAUGGCACGUACACUUACGAUGGGGCAACGGUGCCUCAUCUAAAGCUUAUGCGACAGCACUCAAGCCUAAAAGUGCAAAUCAAGGCUGCUGGAGGUGUAAGGACACUGGACGACCUUCUGCAUGUGAUGUCACUAGGGGUGACGCGAAUCGGGGCCACGGCGACAGUCGCUAUUAUGGAGGAAGCUGCGCGGAGAGGAAUAACAAACAUACCCUCCACGGUGACGUAUAAGCCAAUUGAUGAAACUGUUUCAGGAGGAUACUGAAUUUCGACGGUAUAUCUGAGGACUUGCAGAAAGCAAUAAGAAAUAUAAAUACGGGAAGAUUGUUCAUGUUAAAGGGUGUGUUUCUGUUAGAAAUGGGUCUAUAGACUGGUG